AUGCCCGCUUAUCACAGCAAGAUCGACGGCGCCGGCGCCGACGAGGCCUGCGGCUGCGCCUUACUACCGCUAAAAACCAAGCUGCGGGGCCCCGCGCCGGCGGCGCCUUUUGAGGGCGACGACAUCAUCGACGAGACGAUCAAGUAUUUUAGACCGAACUGCCUGUUCCGCAACUUCGACGUCUCCAAGUCGUCGGACCGCACGCUCGUCUACCUCACGCUAAGCAUGCAGCAGUUCCUCAAGGAGUGCGAGCGCCAUUCUACGAGACAGGCGGGCGAGAAGGCCGUCAAGAGUUUGGUCCUCAAACAGUUCCCGAUCCCCGGGUCGCCGGGCUGGCCGCUCGGCGGCCUCUUCCCGCCGCCAAAGGACAUCCAGGAGGGCGAGGCUUGGAGGCUGUACAUGAAGCAAGCUAGAGACGAGCUUUCCACGAGGACGCUCGACGUGCUCUACAAGGACGACGGCGCGAAGGACAAGUGGUGGGGCUCGUUCGCGAAGCGCAAGUUCAUGCAGAAGGAGCUGCGCGCGUAAGUAUGCUAUAUGUGUGAAUCCGAGCGACGGUGGGGCUGCCCUCGACGCCAUCGCCGCGAUGGCGACAGGGACUCCUAUGGACAAAAAG